ACUUGCUGACAUCCUUGAUGAUAAGCCUUUGGAGGUUCAGUAUGAUGCUAAUGUAUUUGGGCAUGGCUCUGAGGUCCCAAUAUACCUUAAUAGCCAAGAUGUCCGUGAGCUUGCGUCGGGAACACAAGAGUUGAAUAUUUCAAUUAUUCAACUAUGGACGAUGUAUAUGUCUGGGGUCACUAAUAAGUUGGGGCGUUCUGAUGAUUAUGGAUUCAUUGAUCCCCAAGACAUUCAUGAAUCAAAUGAUUUUGAUCAUAUCAACACGAGAAUGAUAAGCAGUUUUCGAAGGGGCAAGAAAAUAUACUUUUUGCCUUAUAUAUCCGGGCGCCAUUGGCAACUUCUUGUUAUGUCUGUGCAAGACAACUAUGCUUUGUGGUUCUGCUCAUUGCACAGGCCUCCUCCCACACAACUCAGACAAGCAAUUGAUUGUUCUAUUCCAGCAAGUAUGAUGAUGGACGGGAGAUCAAUUGUUAAGAGUAGAAAGAUUGCUUGGAUUUCUCUCAAGUGUAACAGACAAAAUGGGUCAUAUGAGUGUGGAUACUAUGUAAUGUAUUGGAUGACCCAUAUUGUUCGUUCUCACAUCACAAGAAGCUGGGAAACGAGAUUCAAGACUACUACACCAGUUCCUGAGAAGUCACUACUAUUCAUUAGGAACGCUGCUGCGAAGUAUAUAGUUAGAUUAUACAAUAGCUCUUAGAUUUAGAUUUAAACAAUGCAUUUGAUUAGAUAGAAUUUUCUUAGACUCUCUACUUUAUUUGAUGUUGAAAUACAUUUGAACAUGUGUUUGUUAUGUUGAAAUUGAAUUUCUGUAAAUGUUUUUAUAUGCAGGUCUGUUUUUGUGGUAGUGGAUAUCACAAAAACA